AUGGCCAGUAUUGAGGGUGAAGCAAAUAUCUUUAAAGACAUGACGAUUAUCAGUCCAGAUACAGAUGUCUUGCAUCAUCGCUUUCUGACAUCAAUCAGUGAUGGCAUUUCUACCUAUCCGUCGGUAGAGCAUUACUGCAACUGCCAUCUGUUAAGGUGCCUCGGUCUCUUGACCGAGGCCGAGGAAGUGAACACGAAAGCCAUUGUUGCCGAAUGUAUCCUGAUCACCAAGCAGUUGGUAGAGACGAAGGUCGCCCCUCAAACUGACCUUGCAUGGUUGUGCAAGUUUAUGCGCGACACUCGGAGCAAAAGUCUGUGCUGUGGACUUCGGAUGAGAGCUGAGCAAGACCCCAUUUUCCUAACCACCCUGUUGCAGACGAACGAAAACCUGCUGGUUGUCGCUGACCAACAUGACAAGGAGUACGGCAUCGGUAUGAGCAAAGAAAAUCUGUUGUUGUGGAUGACCGUUAAUAACGUACCUGUCUCGUACAUCAGUCUGCACCUGAGCGAUCCGCUGCAUUCGUCAUACGCUUCUGUCCUGGGCGAAAAUAAGUUGGGCAUCAUCUUGGCGUUUAUCAGGGAUGAAUUCAAGCAUCGUGGAGCUUUCCAGAACUCAGUUGCUCCCGCAAUGUCUAUUUCGCAAAUUGGCCCAGCGCUGACCAACGGCUUCAAGGCAUCCGAAAUGGAUAGCAAAGAAAAUACGUUGAACGUAUGCGAAGAUAUCACUUGCACGAACCACGUAAUGAUACUGAGAGGCAGAUUCUUUCCUCUGAGCAUGUUCUGUUGUUGUCCGUUGGUUUUCAGAAAAAAACGUUAUCGAUCGGUUGCUCAUUACGUUUAUCUGAAGUGGUUUGGCUCUAGUGGAUGUGAUAUAAAGCUUUUAGAGAAGUUCUGGACUACCCCUGAUGCGACGCACUUGCCCGAAAUCGCUGCCAGUUACUCAUUUUCAACCGAAGAAAACUCACCUGAUUUGGAGGCUUCAGCUUCGAAAUUGACCACGUGGUUCGAGAGGACAAUGAACUUGAAGUUUGAGAAGAACCCCAUUUUGAAAGAACUUCUUUUGGCAACAGGCGACGCAUUGUUGAUCGAAACCGCCACCACCAGUUCAGAUUUACUGUGGUCGAUUGGAAUGACUGAGAAUGACCUGUAUCGUCUGCUGGCACUUCCGUAUGUCACACCAUACCAUCUUUUGAAAUGGAGCGUUGAUCCGAAAUCGAAGCCUUCCAAGUUUCAGAACGUGAUCGGUGAAAACCGAUGCGGUGUCUUUCUGAUGCGUCUCAGAGCCCAGCUCCGUUCGUUGCAGUGCGCAGCUUCCCCAGCAGUGAAGAAUUUUGGCAAACCCGAUAGCGAAAGUCUUGAUGCUCCUGACGGUCUGUUUUCGUGCAUUAUGGACGGUUACCACACCGUGAUGGUAUCGGACCAGCGUCUCGUGUGCUUCACUAUCGACAGCGUCUUUCAUCCGAAAUACUAUGCUGCCAUUUCGGCAAGCGGUGGCAUUCUGAUGCCUUCUGCUUGGCACCUCGUUUUUUUUGAGGGAUGUCAAUUUUUAGACUUUCCUCCACAUACACAACAACUGCUGGUUGCGCAAAGCAGCGAUCGUCUUGCAGCCAGUUUCGACCUGCAGACGCGGAUGAGGUGCGUCGAUCUGAGGAAGCUGAGCGAGUGGCACUUCAAACGCUUCUACGAGUCUUUGAAAAACGCUUGCAGGCUGAAAUUUCAGCAGCAUCCUGCGUUACUGAGAUGUCUUCUAGAAACUGGUGAUUCUUUGCUCGUUUUUUGUCACAGACCAACGAGCGGUCCCAACGGAGAACUGUCGACAGGCAUGAGAAAGGCAGAUUUGCAGUCGUGGAUGACCGAGCAGGGUUUGACUGCAGUCGAACUGUUGGACCUUUUCCAACGACUUCCGACCGAUAGACCUCCUUUUCUGGGAGACACACAUAAUGACGGCGUGGACGACGGCAGUUCAGACAUGUCGAAUCUUGACAUUUGGCCAAAUCCUUACAUUAAUGAUCUCAAGAAGGACCACUGUUGGUACGAAAUGAAGCGACAGAAAGUGACCUUGACGGAGGAACAGCAACAAUCUGUGGCAGCUGGUCGAGAAAGUUUCAAGAACGUAGUGGUUGAUUUGGCGGCACAGCUGAAGACACUGAUUCCGGAGAUCGAAAACCUGGAAGCCGAACUUCGAAAAUGCUUGAAACAAAUCAGCGAGGUGAAUGUGAAAUUUCAUGGCCCUGAGACUUGUCAAAUUUCGAAGUUCCAGUAUGAAACAGACGGCUUGAACGUUAUUCCUGCUUGUCCGUCACCAUCUGACUUUGCAGUACCUGACAAAAUCCAUGCCAGUGCACUGAUCAAUCGGCUUUUGUUUCUGGUCAAGAUCGGGUUUUGUGUCGGUCUUAACAAUCAGUUCGAGGACCAAAGCUUUCUGAAUACCGAAUGGAGCGAAUCUACUAACCACAGGAUGAUUAGUCACAUCUGGCAGCAUCUCACUCCUCGUGAACGUUCUACGGCAUUGCUUUGGCUAAAGCACGUGUCAGCAGAGAUGUUAAUGGCACGAGAACAGAAACAGAAGAUCAGAUUCAACUCACGUCAGUUCGUUACAGGCUCUUAUUCAGAAUCCCCCGUAUGGGUCUCCCCUGCCAUGCGUUGUGCACUUCUUACAGGUGUUUCCGGUGUUUUGGAUGAAUCAUCUACAACGACGAACGACGCGCUUUCCAAAAUAAAGUUUUAUGCCGAUAUCAGUUACGACUUGGACCGUUUCAAGUCAGCUGAAGGCUUCGUGGAAAACAUGAUUCGCAACCGAUAG